AUGUCAGGUGUUAUGCAGCGAUAUGGGACAGGGGUGGCGGCUCGCAGAGCGGGACAGGCGCUCCGUCGAGUUGAAGCUGUUGUACCGCUGUGGCGGUGCUGUCCUUUCCGCUGCGCCUCUUCAGCAUCGCUGCCGACCGACGUGGAGGUGCACCAAGGCUCCGACGACUACGGCCACAGAGACGAUGCCUUCACUCUGUCGACAGAGGUGCGCGGCGCAGAGGAGGAAAAAGAUACCCUAGAUGCGGAUGAGUUUGACGAGCUGGAGGCUGCGUCACAGGAACUGCAUGACUUGUGCUAUGCCUUGAUUGCUCAUCUUCGCUGCACAGACCCGGAGGCCAACAAGGCACUGUUUGAGCGUCGCGUGAAGCGAGCCUUUCGCGAGCCGAAGCCUGAGCAGUACCGUCGCCUUCUGCACGGCCACGGGGACCGCAGUCUGCGCCGCCGCAACAAUUACCGCACUCGCACGGACUUCCAGGAGGCCCACCGGCUUUACCUGCAAUGGUGUGACAAGUUGUUGCUGCUACUCACCCAGCCUGUGCUGGAUCGCCUCGUCAAGAGCGCCGGCAAGGGUUACCGCGACUUGCGAACAGACGGUGUUCACCGGUACCGCCGGCCCCUGGAACGCGCCACCUGGCGGUCGUUUCCUCAUCGCUGGUUCAAGCACGCACCGUUCGAGGUGCAGCAGCUUCGCGCAGACAUUCCGGAGUCGGCGGUGCUGAAUACGCGCUUCUACCGUGACCACGCAACACUUCGCUAUCUGUUCACUCUCAUGGAGCCGCAGCAUGCUUUUCGGGAGAAAAUUGAGCAUCGCAUGAUGGAGUUGACGCAGAGGUACGACCCGUUGCGGAAGUCGAUAGAGUAA